AUGGACGACGAGGAAGCCAGGCCCUUCUCUGUCAAGCCGGCCAAGGCCACGUCGCCCCAGCCUCUCGCCCCGCUCAUCGUCACGCAGGCGGCUCCCCGAGGGUUCGUCCGCGGGGGUGGGGUGUUCUCGCCCGAGGCCAUGCUCCUCCACGCCCAGUCUCCAUCUACCGAAGCGGAGGCCGUGGCGGAGGCCGACAACACCCUAGAGGCCAAGCUGGAGGCCACCAAGGGCGGCAAGAAGAAGGCGAAGGCGAAGCAGCAGCACCGGCCGGCUGGUGGAGGACACGACCGACGCACGCAAGCUCAACUGCGCGCAGCCUGCGCUCCGAUCAUCCUCGCCCUCCUUCCCGAUGAGAGGCUGUACGUGUGGGACGGCCAUCAUCGCGUGGCGGCCAUCCACCUCGGCGGGCGAGACCACCUCCUGCCCGAAGAAUACUCUACGAUGCGAUGCAACUUCAAGUUUGCACAGACAGUGAGCUUCGCGACGUGGUUCCUGACGCCGUUCGAUCCGCGAACGGAGAUACGCGUGCCGGAGUUCGGGUCCUUCAAGAACGAAGUGGCCGUUCAAUUGAAGAAGAAAAAGAAGCCCGAAGCCGAGAUGUACGUGCUGCCGCGGACGUUCGAGAGCGUUGCGGAGAUGGUAGCGCGCAUGGACCUCGUCUAA